AAGCAAGUGUGGUCUGGUCUUAUCUCUCUCGCCGAAUCAUAUCCUCGCACGCACGCACCCAAAGAGGCAGAGAGAAAAAUCGAUCCAUAAUUUUCUUCCACCUAUCAAUUUGGGCCGCCACUAGAAUAAGCGUCGCUCAUCGCUAUCGUCAUCAUCCCGCAACUAACCCUCUUUUCUCCGCAUCUUCUUCUUCUUCUUCUUCUUCAUAAAGCCUCGUGAGUUUUUUCGAAGAUCGUGACUAAAAAAAAUCAACACAAAGUCUAGAUUUUGCGAUAAGGGUUAUCUUCAGAGAGACAUGUCUUCUUCCAUCAAUCUAUCGUCCUCGUCUCCUUCCACCAUCUCUCUUUCCCGCUCCAGAUUGAGCCAAACUUGUACUACACCGAUCCACUGUGUUGCUUUGCCGUGUAACCAUCAACCAUCGUUGUCAAUUAAAACCACUGGAAAAGUCAAAGUCAAAGCUUCAGUGAUCUCCAGAGAAGACGAUCUCCUCUCUUACACCAACGGAAACGCUCCCAUCCAAGAUCCGUCACAGGCGGAUUCAGUUUCCCUCGGAACACUUGCUCCUUCAGAUUCAUCUAACGCACCACCCAAUGGCUUCGUCGCUGAUGACGACGACUACGAGCUGGAUUUGCCUACGCCUGGCUUCUCUUCCAUCCCUGAGGCCAUUCAAGACAUUCGCCAAGGAAAGCUUGUGGUGGUUGUGGAUGAUGAAGAUAGAGAAAACGAAGGCGAUUUAGUCAUGGCUGCUCAGCUAGCUACACCUGAAGCUAUGGCUUUUAUCGUCAAACAUGGAACUGGGAUUGUCUGUGUGAGUAUGAAGGAAGAUGAUCUCGAGAGGUUGAACCUUCCUCUUAUGGUGAAUCACAAGGAGAACGAAGAGAAGCUCUGCACCGCAUUCACAGUCACUGUCGAUGCAAAGCAUGGUACAACGACAGGAGUAUCAGCACGUGACAGGGCGACAACGAUACUCUCCCUUGCUUCAAGAGACUCAAAGCCUGAAGAUUUCAACCGCCCAGGGCAUAUCUUUCCGCUCAAGUACCGAGAAGGCGGAAUUUUGAAAAGAGCUGGACACACUGAAGCAUCUGUUGAUCUCACUGUUUUAGCUGGACUUGAUCCUGUUGGAGUACUGUGUGAGAUCGUUGAUGAUGAUGGCUCCAUGGCUAGAUUACCAAAGCUCCGUCAGUUUGCAGCCGAGAAUUGCCUGAAGAUUGUCUCCAUUGCUGAUUUGAUCAGAUAUCGAAGGAAGAGAGAUAAGCUAGUGGAACGUUCUUCUGCAGCUCGGAUCCCAACAAUGUGGGGACCUUUCACAGCUUAUUGCUACAGGUCUAUAUUAGACGGGAUAGAGCACAUUGCAAUGGUUAAGGGAGAGAUAGGUGAUGGUCAAGACAUUCUAGUGAGGGUCCAUUCAGAAUGUCUCACGGGAGACAUAUUUGGAUCAGCAAGGUGUGAUUGCGGGAACCAGCUAUCACUUUCGAUGCAGCAGAUCGAGUCUGCUGGUCGUGGUGUGUUGGUUUACUUGCGUGGACAUGAAGGAAGAGGGAUUGGUUUAGGACAUAAGCUCCAAGCUUACAAUCUGCAAGAUGCUGGUCGUGACACUGUUGAAGCUAAUGAGGAGUUGGGACUUCCUGUUGAUUCUAGAGAGUAUGGAAUUGGUGCACAGAUGCUAAGGGACUUGGGAGUGAGGACGAUGAAGCUGAUGACGAAUAAUCCGGCAAAGUACGUUGGUCUGAAGGGAUAUGGAUUAGCCAUUGUGGGAAGAGUUCCUCUCUUGAGUCUUAUUACAAAGGAAAAUAAGAGAUAUUUGGAGACGAAGAGAACUAAGAUGGGUCACAUGUAUGGCUUGAAAUUCAAUGGUGAUGUUGUGGAGAAGACUGAAACCACGGAGUCUUGAGUCCUAAAGUUUUUCGAGAACCAGGAUGAACCGAAUCAAACCGGGAAGACAUAUAAGAUAAUACUUUUGAAAAAAAAAACAGGAAAGAAAUUUGACACAAAAGAGCAAGCCAAGAAAAUACUUUCGAUUGGAUUUGAUUUAUGUUCUUCUAGUCUAAUCUUUUAUGUUAUUUUCAACAAUUCUUGUGUUACGAUAUUUUCAACAUUGUUUACUUUCGAGUUGA